AUGCACGAGGCUUUUAUAACAAAAAACUCACCAUAUUAUUCACCAUUCUCCAUUCUCUUGGGAGAAUCACCACAAUCUUCAACAAAAUCUCUCUUCUCCUCGCAUCUUCAUAUUCAUCAUUCUUCAUUUUCUAGGAAGAAUCACAAAAAAUCACCACAAGACUCUCUCUACAUUCUUCAACCUUCUCUCUGCUCCUCUCACCUUUAUUCUUCACGUCUGCAGAAGAAUCACAACCAAGAAACUCCAGCAAAAUAUCUCUUAACUCUCUCUGUAUUCACGCUCCAUUUUCUACCAUCACAUCUUCAACCUUCCUCAGUCAUCGUCAUCCUCUGA